GUUUGAACCAAAACUAUCUGUCUGUGAGGAAGGGAGGAAGGGUGGGGCGUUUAUGCCGAAGCUGAUGAGGGAACGGGUCGUCAGCCUCUGACGCCACGAUGGUCUCUGCGAUGAUGCAGGCUCUCGCCACAAUGUCACUGUGACCGUUACUCUCUUCUUGCUCUGAGCCUGAAGUCAAAUUCAUCAAUCAUCUAUUUGGAGUUUUGUUUGCCUACCAGAUGGAACAUUUUAUUAAAAUUGUUGGAGCAACUAAAAGGAUUUGUUAUUGUUGAUUCAUCUAGAUAAUUUACUCUGAGGUCCAAGCCAGUGUUGCAGGAUGGGAUGCAGAUGGAUGGACGGCACGGAUGCAUCUCUGUGAGUGUCUCACUAAAUGCUGACCUUCUUACAAAUGCGUUGGAUUUUGUUUUUAAUUCCUUCAGCGACCACAAAAGUGCUGUUGUACAAGUUGUUCUGGAUGGUCUGGCAUCAGCACAAUGCCUGAAUUGCAGCUUUUCUACCCGCCUCGUCACGACUUUCAGCCUCCAAGCCUUUACCUGGACCUGCUCCAGAGGCGUGCCAUGGAGGACCAGGUCAACCUGUGGUGGUUCGGAGAGCCACGCCACUCCCUCAUGUGUUACUGUGCUUCGGUCGCCCUCAUAUUAGGUCUGGGCCUGGGUGGUGUCUGUCUCCUUUCCACCAUCACCACCAGCAUGUCCAGCGAGUGGCGCCUGGGGGUGGGCACCACACUAUGCCUCCUCUCACUGGCUGUCCUGCUUAAGCAGCUUCUUAGCUCUGCCAUCCAGGACAUGAACUGCGUGCACAGUCGGCGCCGAAUCGACCAGCUGAAGAGUGGCGGACAGGCCGACCCGGCCCUGAUUCUGGUUGUGGGCGUGGCGGUGAUGCUGUGUGGGACUGUUCUUCUCUGUGUGACCACAAUCAACAAGGCCAGCGGCGAAGGUGAUGACAGUGUGGAAAUGUUGGUGUCGGGUCUGGUGCUGAUGGCCGCUGGACUCGGUAUGGCUCUGGCUGUGGCGGCGUACGGUGUGCUGGUCUACUUCAAGAGAAGAAGGGAGCAGACCAGGAGGAUGAGAGCAAUUCGUGCGAGGAGGCUGGGACGUGGGUCUGUGCGUGUGUUCUGUGUUUCGGGAGGACAGCUGAACCAGGCAAGGAGAGAGACCGCCUCCAGCAGAACCAGCCUGAUCUAACAGGGUUGAAGCGUCUGUAUACAAUAAAGUGGACAAGUGGAGGUGGCACACUGCUCCAAAAGGUGAUUUGUUCAGACUUGGAGUUCAUUUUCCCCUCGGGAAACAACGGAAAUACAAUUAAUUGUUCCAGGAGUCAUAUUUUUACAAUUUUCUUUUAAUAUUAGGUCAGUUUCUGAGUUAUUCACAGCUGAACCAUCUAUAUUCUGAGGGUCCACUGUAACACGUAAUCAUUUAACAUUCAAAUACUACUUUAGUAUUUUGUUAGUCAAUACAAUACAAGUACUGAAGUUCUCAGUUGUGUGCAAAGCUCUAGAAUGAUCUGACAAUGUUUUCAUGUUUUGCAUGUACAUUCAUUAAUACGCAACAUCAGUAUGCAAACUAAUGUCUGUAUUUUUAUUGAGAAAGUUCCUAGCUAAUAUAUAAAACUGUCACACUCAGUGUGAGUACAGGCCUGCGUCUGUCGAGUUUGAUUUAUACUUCAAAUGUAUGCGUCUUGUGUUCAAAUUCCACUUCUGUGCGUAUAUUAAAUGUCCCCGCCUGGCCCCUUAAGGUGCCAUACAUUGCAUGCAAAUACCAAUACAUCAAUGUAAAAGAAAAUAUCGAGUGAGAAAAGACAUGAUCCAGCAAAGUAAUUUCACAUAACUGGGUUCCCUGCAUCCACACAAUAAUCAAGUUCACAAAAGAUUCUCAGCAUGAUCACAGUAGAAUGAAUCAUUGGCUAAAUGAGGAUAAAUGAGAAACAUGAGAUGAGUCCCGACAAUGUGGUUAGUGUCUGGAUUUUGUGAACCACGCUCCUCUUCAACACCGACAUGAAUGGACAAGUUCCCCGGGAGACUUGCAGAAGAAGAAGUUAUAAUAGCGGCUCAGUCCGUUGGGGCUUGGGAUUUGUGGUCUGCUCCUCUGUGUGGGGUGCAGC